UUCUCUUUCACAGACAACGCAAAAACAACAAAUGCCCGAAACAAUAGCCUCACGUUUUCUGUCUUGUUUUGGCCUUUUGCUUGCCUUCUUGUUACUUACAAAGUUGUGUUUUUUUUUUUUUUUUCCUUUCUAUCCAAUUGGAUUGCCAUGCCCUGUACGCCCUUGCCACUGGUUCUUUUCGCAGCAGUAUUAUCUCGAACACAAAAGUGUUACCAUUCAUUCUAUCCAAUUGGAUUGCCGUGUACGCUUUUCCCAUUCCCCUAAUCUGGUAAGAACGUUCGGUGGGUCUUCCCAAGUUCCCAUUUCUGUUGCCUCAGAACUCGUACUUGGGUCUGUUUGGCUGCCGAGAAAAAAAAAAAAAAAAAAAAACAACUUUUGAUGUCGUGUAAAGCGUAUACUGAACCCAACUCAGCUAGGCUUUAUGCGUUUGAACAAACAUGAUUUCGUUUGGAAGUUUCGUGUUCCUUUCGUUUCCAGUGUCGAGGUAGUUACUUUUCUAGUUAGUUUUAUCGUUGAUCAAGUUUCAGCGAUAGAUUAAAAUUGAAGUUGCAUAUUUUGAGGCUUUGGUACUUUGUUUCUUAAACCUUCUAUAUAGAAUAUGCGAUAUAUGCUUGACUAGGAUUCAGCUUUAGGCUCUACUUGGUUAGCCAGAGGGUUGAGUAAAUACGAAGCCUUUAAGCUUCGUUCGACCAGUAAUUUUUCGAAGCUUGGUUUAAUUUUCUCGGAGACGAAAGGAAGGUACAAGGUCCGGGUUUUUCUUCGCUUUCUCAGCAGCCAAACCCACCCUAAUGUUUGAAGUAUCUGUUCUUUUCUUGCCCUGUUCAGGUAUUCUCUGUUUGUUUGUAAUCAAACACUGCAAAGACUUUGAUCAUUGACUUAUGGAGAAUAGUGGAACUAGUUCUUUUCCGAGGACUCGAAGAUUGGAGAGCUGCUUCAAUGCAAGCUCUAGACUUAGUGUGAAGGAAACGCCGAAAAUUCCGGCGAAAGAACUGGGAUCGAAGCUAAGGGCCAAUAUGCAUUUGGAUGAAGUUGGAUGGGGCUCAGUAUUACUAUCUUGGAUUAGAGUUGUCAUAUGUUUCGCGACGAUGAUGAUCACGACAUUCGUUUGGGCGUUGAUCAUGCUCGCGCUUAUACCGUGGCCUUAUGAGAGGAUCAGGCAGGGGAACAUAUAUGGACAUGUUACUGGUAGAUUAAUGAUGUGGAUCCUUGGGAAUCCUAUAAAGAUUCAGGGUGCUGAAUUUUCUAAUAAGAGGGCCAUUUAUAUCAGUAACCAUGCAUCUCCUCUCGAUAUUUUCCUAAUAAUGUGGUUGACUCCCACAGGCACUGUUGGCAUUGCCAAGAAGGAGAUCAUUUGGUACCCACUAUUUGGACAACUUUAUGUUUUGGCAAACCACCUUCGCAUAGAUCGCUCCAACCCAACAGCAGCCAUUGAAUCCAUGAAACAGGCAGCCCGUGCAGUAGUGGAAAACAACCUAUCUUUGAUAAUUUUUCCCGAGGGCACCAGGUCCAAAAAUGGGCGGCUACUCCCAUUUAAAAAGGGCUUUGUUCAUUUGGCAUUGCAGUCAGGCCUCCCAAUAGUUCCCAUGGUCUUGACAGGUACCCAUCUAGCAUGGAAGAAGGGCAGCUUAAAUGUUCGACCAGCACCUCUGACAGUAAGGUAUCUUCCUCCGAUAAGUACCAAUGAUUGGACAGCGGACAAGAUCGACGGCUACAUCAAGAUGAUUCAUGACUUGUAUAUCAAACAUCUCCCCGAGUCUCAGAGGCCUCUUGUGGUAGAAGAUCCCAGAAAUGGUUCCAAUUCAUAGUGGAGUUGCAUCAUCCUUUUGAUCAUUCGAUUCUUAGAAGGAAGUCCCAAUGCAAACUUGCUACGAUAAGCAUGAUUGAGUUAAGUUUGCAAUUAGCAUGAUUUGAGUGUCAUCUUUUGUACCACUAAUUCUCUUGCAUUAAGCUUAGUUUGCUCGUCCAAGAUUAAUUAUUGACUAGGUUUUCUUAGCCUUGUAACAUUGACUAUGAUCAUUUUCAGUGCAUCGAAGUGAAUACAGAGAUCCUUUUGCUCAUGUAUGUAUAUCAGUAUAUGUGCUUGUAUAGUUCAUUCC